CAACACCAGCGCAAACAUUUGACUUGCUACCUCUGGUCAUGCUGCUGCCUUGAUGUCCAGCAAAGCAGCAUGGCAAGUAUGGCAGCUAUCACGUCUGUCAGUUGUAGGAAGAUGCCUACCAUAUCAGUUCGGUAGUACAGUCUGGCCUCGUGUUUACCAGAGGCUAGCGAAUGCUUCAACAUCAUGGCUUCCCAAAGCUAGAUUCACCACGGCAGCUGCCGGAUGCAAUGCCCAUGACGCGGUCGACACGCGCAUGAUGGCGUCCAGUAAAGAGGUGGAAGAGCGCAUGCAAGAGCUGGAACACAGCGGCACAAACCUCUAUCCACGAUACACUAGAGACACGCGCGCCCGGGAUAUAAGAACUCUCGUAAACGAGUUCAACGAUGACGCUGGAAGCGACAUACCGGCCCAAAACGCUGCAGCUGCAGAGAUCGAAGGUAUGCCCUUCCAUUCCAGUGCCACAUCAACGGUUGCGUCCUGACAAUCACAGUCUCCGGAAGGAUAACAUCUAUCCGCCUCAGCGGCUCGAAACUCGUCUUUCUCGACCUCGUCCAAGACCAGUGCAAACUUCAAGUCACUCUCUCAUAUGCCGCCCUUACUCUCUCCUCUGUCACGCUCGACACAUUCAAACACCACGUCCGUCUUAUCCGCCGGGGCGACUACAUCUCCAUCCGCGGCAUGCCCCCGUUCCGCAGUAAAAACGGCCAGAUCACCAUCAAAGCGACCACCCUGCCCGUGCUCCAGUCUCCCUGCCUUCAGCGGUUCCCCAUCGAGCAACGGGGCUAUGCAACUGACGAGAUGUCCAUAUCUGAGUCGAACUUCACGCCCCGCCACGUCGAAAUGCUCACCGAUCCGGACGUCAUAAACACCCUCAAAGCACGGUCAAGCCUGGUCCGCUCCAUGCGUUCCUUCUUCGAACAACGGCACUUUGUAGAAGUCAGCACGCCCAUCCUUUCCGCGUCCGCUGGCGGCGCGACCGCCAAACCCUUCGAGACUACAGCCACUCACUUCGACAAUCGCAAGCUAUCCCUCCGCAUCGCGCCGGAACUACCGCUCAAACGCCUGAUAAUCGGCGGCAUGGAUCGCAUCUUCGAAAUCGGCCCGUGCUUCCGCAACGAGGGCCUCGAUAAAACGCACAACCCCGAAUUCCACACUUGUGAAUUCUAUGCCGUCGGUCACGAUCUGCUCCAGCUAAUGACAUACACGCACCAACUCCUCAAAGUCAUUGCAAAUGGAAUCGAAGCUUUGCCAUCCCCACCAAGCUCGGAGCAGUCACGACUCUUACUGCAACAAGUCAACGAGAACGAACCAUUCCGCCAAUUCGACUUCUUACCCACGCUCAAUGCCGCUCUGGGUAUCGAUCUACCCAACCUCGCAUCCCCGGAGGCUCAAAAAGAGCUGCUUCAAAUCUUCAACUCGAAAGACAUCCCUGUUCCCACAAAUCCUACUGUCCCUCGGCUUGUCGAUAAACUAGCCGCGAUAUUUAUCGAGCCUGAAUCCCUAGCGCGCCCGAUCUGGAUCACAAAUAUCCCCGAAUGUCUCUCCCCACUCGCGAAGUCAUACAUACACCCCACCACACCGAAUUCCCAACCUGUCGCCGCUCGUGCGGAACUCUUCAUCCAAGGCAAAGAAGUGGUGAAUUGCUACGAGGAGGAGAACAGUCCGUUCGAGCAGCGGCGCAAGUUUGUCGAGCAGCAGCGUCUAGCCCGGCAAAAUGCAGGCCAGUACGACGAGGAGGCCAUGACCGUUGACGAAGAGUACAUCCAGGCUUUGGAUUGGGGCCUGCCGCCGACAGGUGGUUGGGGUUGCGGAAUUGAUAGGCUCGUUAUGCUCUUCACCGGACGCGAGAGGAUUGGGGAUGUCUUGAGUUUCGGCAAUCUGAGGGCUGUUACGAGAGGGGCGGAAAAGAAAACUUCUGAAUUGUGAGAGAAAUGCGUUCACUCUAUACAAGCUCAGAUUUUCUGUAGUGUAGUGUACAAUAGCAAGAGAAAGAGCAAUGCAAAUGCUCAAAGGCAUCAUCCAAUCUCUAAAUCCUGCUUGUCGUUUGC